AUGAGUACCAGAUUCAUUGCUGAGGAAUCUUUUACUUUUGAAGCAAAUGAUUUUAUUGAAAGAACCACACUCGAAAAUAUAGACUUCGGUUGUGGGACAAGGAACAUAGAUGGCUCAGGGUUAGGCGUUCCAGGCAUUAUAGGUUUGGGUAAUGAUCGCGUCUCGGUAAUUCGACAGCUGAAUUAUCCUUACUUCUCUUACUGUAUUACUGUCGGUGGGGAGGACGAGGAAGUAAAUCUACCAAAAGAAUUUUUUGACUAUGGUUUUGUCAUUGACUCUGGGAGUAUUUAUACAGCACUCUACAAUGGUGCAUUCGAUGCAUUAAUUGAAAAAGUGAAGUCAAUGUAUGAUGAUGAAGCGGAGAAAUUUGGUAAUUAUGAAUUAUGCUAUGAAGAGAUUUCUGAUGUACCAGAAAUAGUGUUCAAGUUUAAGGACUUGGACUUUAGGCUACGCGACCAAAACACCUGGCUACGUGCUCCUAAUGGAUUCUUAUGUUUGGCAAUGUUUAGGGCGAACGAAACUUCUAUUUUCGGAAUGCACCAACAGAGGGGAGUAAAUGUCGGCUUUGAUUUGAGAUAUGAAAAGCUUAGCUUGAAGUAUGCAAAUUCUUGUCCAGACGACGACCAGGAGGAUUGA